AUGCCCGCAAAUGCAGACAAGUCCAGGCAAUCCUCGGCUGGGAAAUCGUUUUUUGGGAGGAAACUGUACAAGGACAGGCCGAAUGAUGAGCGCUAUGAUGGAUACGGUGGCUCCUACGACAGCUUAGCCCCGCCAGGAAGUGCCGCUGGCUCUCGCUCUUCGCGCUAUUCGAAACGGUCCUCAAUCCAAUCCGUUGACAUGACCCAUGAUCUCGACCCCGGAAGUCUCGCUCCGACAGCAGGUGUAAUUACGUCCAUUCCGUUCGAGAGUCUUCCCUCAGACACGAGAAACCCGAUCCCCAUCGAGAGCAUGUCCCGUCCCGACUCCUCCCGCCAGGAGCCCUCGCCCAACCAUAUCGGCAAGACUGGCGGCGAUUUUCAUCAAUAUCCUACCUGGACGUCGACUUCCGCGCCAAACGGAUCUGGCUCACAUCCCUCAGGGCCCCGCCCGCCCCCGCAUGCCACGAAUAUGACCAUGACGAGCAGCGCAUCGGGAGACCGCGGUACGAGGUAUCAACAAUGGGGACGUCCGGGAAGCUCAGCAGCAAAUCCUGGCAUGAGCCAUAACUCGAUUGACUCCUCUUCGAAUUCUCGCACGUCGCUCGACCAAACCAGUCUUUAUUCAUCCCACUCUUCCAAUACCCGUGGCUCGAAUUAUUUUUCCUCCUCGGAUGGCUCCGCUCGUACCCUCACACCCUCCCAUUCCGGCGACCGCAAUACCGCUUUCCACUCCAGUGGAAGUUCUUCGCGCUUGUCAAAUGCACAAGCUGCAUGGCAAGCCUCCCAGCAUAAUAUACCAGCAGCCGUGCCUCGCCCGCCCGACAACUACCUGACUCGACCCAGAGAUGAUCGCAUUGUUGAUCAAUUAUUUCUGGAGCUUAUGCAGAAGCGAGGAUGGCAGAAUCUUCCAGAACAGGCCAAACGGCAAAUGCUGUCCUAUCCUGCUUCUAAGAAGUGGACCCUGGUUCAUCAGGAUCGACUGACAGAGCUGCAGGGUGAACAGAAGAGAAGACAGAAUGCCCGGCAAACCCAUGGUCAUGAUGGUCUCUCGGGUCUGCUCGAGCGCGCCGAUGAGGAGGGAAGCCCGGAGUGGUAUGUAAAGAAGGUCAUGGAUGACACAAUUACUUCCAAGCAGCUCGCCAGUUUGAGCGUCAGCUUGCGGACACAACCGAUCAGCUGGGUGAAAGCGUUUGUUGAAGCUCAGGGUCAAGUUGCCCUGACCAAUGUUCUCAACAAAAUCAAUCGACAAAAAGCCUCCGGUCCCGUCCCUGCUCCACCGACGGGCGACAAAGAUCUGGAUCGCGAGUAUGACAUUGCCAAAUGUUUGAAAGGUCUUAUGAACAACAAGUAUGGUGCGGAUGAUGCCCUUGAGCACCAAGGAGUUCUCGUCGCCCUUGUCAACUCGCUAUCAUCGCCUCGUCUCAAUACUCGAAAACUUGUCAGCGAAGUCCUCACCUUCCUAUGUCACUGGGCCGAGGGUCAAGGCCACCAGAAGGUCUUGCAGGCCAUGGACAGGGUCAAGAACGACCACAGUGAAACUGGCCGCUUCGAUGCUUGGAUGCGUAUUGUCGAGGUUACCAUUGAUGGCCGUGGAAAGAUGGGAAGUUUGGUCGGCGCCAGCGAAGAGUACCGCAGUGGAGGCAUUGGCAUGGAAAACCUUCUCAUGGAGUAUGCCGUCUCAACAAUGAUCCUCAUCAACAUGCUAGUCGAUGGUGCAGAGACCGACCUGCAACUGCGAUGCCAUAUCCGAGCUCAAUUUAUCUCAUGCGGUGUCAAACGUCUUCUGACGAAGAUGGAGGGCUUCCAGUAUGAGGUGAUCGACAAGCAGAUCGAGCGCUUCCGUGAAAACGAGGCUAUCGAUUAUGAGGAUCUUCUCCAACGGGAGGGCAGCAGUAUGAAGGACAGCGUCGAGGGCGAAGUCAAGGAUAUGAGCGACCCACUCCAAAUCGCAGAUGCAAUUGCGACCAGGAUCAAUGGAACUAGGGCUCACGACUACUUCCUCUCAGCCAUGCAGCAUAUGCUGUUGAUUCGUGAGAAUGGCGGCGAAGAGGGUCUACGAAUGUUCCAGCUCGUAGACGCCAUGAUGAGCUAUGUGGCCAUGGACCGGAGGCUUCCCGAUCUGGAUCUUCGACAGGGCUUGGGUUUCACCGUGCAAAGUCUGUUGGAUCGGCUUCAUACAGAUGCCGAGGCAAGGCGGGUGUACGACGAGGCUUUAGAAGCUCGUCAAAUCGCAGAAGCGGCCAUUGCCGAGCGUGAUGAGAUGAAAGCUCAGGUAGAGCUCGGCGCAGAGGGCCUUGUUAAGAAGCUUCAGAAGCAGAUUGACGAGCAGGCCGGCAUCAUUGAGCUGCAAACCCGGACCAACGAAUCUUUCAAGGCCGAGGUUGCAGAAGUUCAAAGACUGCGCGCCCAAGAGUUGCAGCGCAAUGAGUUGGAGACGCGCGAGUUGUACCUUAUGCUUCGGGAUGCCCAGGAUAUUGCUGCAUCCAACGCCCGGAAGAAUGCCGCCCCCGAUUCAGAUCCAUCGCAAAUGCCUGGCAUUAUGGAUCGCGAGCGGCUCAUGGAGCGCCUGGAGCGCCAACUCGAGAGAACUAAGACCCAGUUCAAGCUCGAAGGCAAGGUUUGGGGUCAACAUGGUCCAUCCGAUCGGCUCCGUGAGCUGCGCGAGAAAAUGGAUGGCGAAGAAGAUGAUGAUGAUUCCAGCGAGGAGUUCACCGAGGAAACUCGUCGCAACAUUAGCUCCACUUCUCUGGGAUCCGUCUAUAGGAAGCGCAGCCAUAUGCCUGAAAUGGAUCGGGGUCCUGAUCCCGAGAGGCUCGAGACUAUGGAUGAAAAUGACGAGGUGGUUUUUGAAAAGCCUCGUAUAGUGGACUUGCGACCUCGCAUGAACCCUGCUCAGGCCACUGGAUUGCUCGGCGAGCUGGCCUCGAGGGUUCCAAAGUAUGAUGAAGGCCCUGAGGGCUCUGGCACUGCACCUGAAGCGACGGAAGCCGCGCCAGAGGAUGUCAGUGCUGCCGUAGCCGAAGCCGAGGCCGUGGCCAAGGAAGAGGCAGCCAAGAAGGCUAUGCCUCCGCCUCCAGCGCCCCCUGGUGGUGCCAAAAUCAUACCACCACCUCCCCCUCCCCCAGGUGGCAGUACGGUGCCCCCUCCUCCACCUCCUCCCGGUGGUAUCAAGACCCCUCCUCCGCCGCCGCCAGGGGGUGCCACGGUCCCCGGCCCCCCGCCGCCGCCUCCCCCUCCUGGAGGCAAAGCCGGUGUUCCUCCCCCUCCCCCGCCCCCGGGCGCGGGAGGUAUUGGUGCUCCUCCACCACCGCCUCCAGCUCCUGGGGUCAAGGGUGGAUUUGCGCCUCCCCCUCCCCCGCCUCCCAGUGCUCCAUUGGGCGCUGGUUGGAGGCCCACCUACAUGAUGGACGAUGCAGUUCCCUCCACAACCCACUUGCCGUCCAUUAGACCCAAGAAGAAGCUUAAGGCUUUGCAUUGGGACAAGGUUGAUACUCCCCAGGUGACGGUCUGGGCCGCCCACGCCCCAACCCAGCAGGAGAAAGAACAAAAAUACACCGAUCUAGCCAAGAAAGGUGUAUUGGACGAGGUUGAGCGUCUGUUCAUGGCUAAAGAGCAUAAGAUCUUCGGGACUAGCACGGCCGCCAAGCAACGCAAGGACAAGAAACAGAUCAUCUCCAACGACCUGUCCAAGAACUUCCAGAUCGCCCUCGCCAAAUUCUCCCAGUUCCCAGCUGAUGAUGUUGUGCGAAUGGUCAUUCACUGUGACCGGGAAAUCCUGGAUAACAUGGUUGUCAUGGACUUCUUGCAAAGAGAUGAAAUGUGCACCAUUCCCGAAAACGUUGGCAAGUUGAUGGCUCCGUACAGUCGAGACUGGACAGUUCCUGGUGCUGCCAGUUCCGAGCGUGAGCAAGAUCCUGCCGAGCUCACUCGCGAGGAUCAAAUCUACCUGUCCACUGCCUUUGAGCUGAACCACUACUGGAAGGCAAGAAUGAGAGCGCUUGCGCUGACCCGCUCCUUUGAGCACGAGUACGAGUACAUCUCAUCUAGGUUGCAAGAAGUCGUCAAAGUCAGCGAGUCCCUGCGGGAUUCCGUCUCUUUGAUGAACGUCCUCGGUCUGAUUUUGGAUAUUGGUAACUUCAUGAACGAUGCCAAUAAGCAAGCCCAGGGCUUCAAGCUUAGCUCGCUCGCCCGCCUGGGUAUGGUCAAGGAUGACAAGAACGAGACUACCUUUGCCGAUUUGGUCGAGCGUAUCGUUCGCAACCAAUACCCCGAGUGGGAAGGAUUCGCCGAUGAGAUUGCAGGCGUCGUUGGCCUGCAGAAGAUCAACGUGGAUCAGCUGCGCACCGAUUCCGUGAAGUAUAUCAGCAACAUUAAGAAUGUGCAGUCCAGCUUGGAUGCUGGUAACCUGAGUGACCCGAAGAAAUUCCAUCCUCAGGAUCGUGUCAGCCAGGUUGUUCAGCGAAGCAUGAAGGAUGCUCGUCGGAAGGCCGAGCAGUUGCAGUUGUACCUAGAUGAGAUGGUCAAGUCGUACGACGAAAUCAUGAUGUUCUACGGCGAAGACAACACAGACGAGAACGCCCGGCGGGACUUCUUCGCGAAGUUGUCUUCAUUCUUGGUGGAGUGGAAGAAAUCGCGAGAGAAGAACAUUGGACUGGAAGAGUCUAGGAAGCGUACUGAGGCAUCCCUGGCUCGCAAGCGGGUUAACGUUAACCUUGCCAAUGGCAGUCCUACUGCGGAGGCACCUAGCUCACCUGCUUCAAGUGGUGCAAUGGACUCCUUACUGGAGAAGCUUCGUGCAGCCGCACCCCAAGCCAAGGAUCAACGAGACCGCCGUCGCCGUGCUCGUCUGAAGGAACGCUACCAGGUUCGCGUGGCCUCUGGCCAGAAGCCGCCUGAAGCUGAAAGCGAAGAGGGCGAAGAGGGCGCUGAAAAGCCAGCCGAUGGCGAUGACAAGCCCGACGAGAAUGGUCUUUUGAGUCCUCCGAUCCCCGAAGAGGGAGGAGAAAGCGCUACGGAGAACCAAGUGUCUGAAGGCGAGGACGUUGCUGACCGUGCAGCCAGCAUGCUCCUCGGCCUACGGAGUAACUCUGAUGGCGGUGGCGAUCGUUUCAGACGCAGAAGAGAAAGCGCCGACGAAGAGCGCCGCAAUCGUCGCAUGAGACGCCGCAAUGGUGCAAGCGGAAGCAAAGAUAGCGCUGAUGGCGGCCUACCAACCGUCCAAGAACCGCGGUCUCCAUCGCGGACCGACUCCGUUGGCACAGAGAAUGCCCUGCCGAGCCCGCCCCAGGAAGAAUCACAACCAUCGGAGCCGCCAUCUAUCAUUGUGUCAGAGCAGCAUGAUGCUCCUGAAUCUGAGGCCGGUUCAUCUCCCAAUCAACCGAUUGAACUUUCGGAUUGA